CUUUGGUGCGCUUCAGCUCUCGCGAUACUCUUUCACAUCUAACCGGUGGCGCUCCGUCUUGUUUGCGGCUCGCGGAGAAGAUGGCGGCGCGUGGUGGUUUUCAGCCUGCGACACCCGGAGGCGGCGGAGCACCGAUGGGACCCGGCCCGCCGGUAGCCGGUGCAGGGCCCGGAAUGGUUCCCGGUACGCCAUCAGGAAGGAUGGGGCCCGGCGGCCCGCAGAACCAUAUGUAUCGAUCCCCGAUGCCCGGAUACCCGAGACCAGGAAUGCCUCCAGCCAAUCGUAUGACCCCUCAGGGACCCCCCAUGGGACCCCCAGGUUACGGAGCCAGUCCAGUAUCCCGCCCCGGUAUGCCAGUCAUGGACCCGUCCCGCAAGCGACCGCCGCCAAAUCAAAUCCAACAGGUCCAGCAACAGAAUCGCACCCAACAUGCCAAGAAGAAGAAAAUGGCAGAUAAAAUACUACCUCAGAGAAUCCGAGAGCUUGUUCCCGAGUCUCAGGCGUACAUGGACCUGCUAGCGUUUGAGAGAAAGCUGGACCAGACCAUCAUGCGUAAAAGACUCGAUAUUCAGGAAGCUCUCAAAAGACCCAUCAAGCAAAAACGAAAACUACGGAUAUUUAUCUCCAACACCUUCAACCCUGCCAAACCAGAUGCAGAGGAUGGCGAAGGAACCGUUGCAUCUUGGGAGUUGCGUGUGGAGGGACGACUUCUUGAAGACACUGCUGUGUCCAAGUAUGAAGCCACCAAGCAGAAGAGGAAGUUUUCUUCUUUUUUCAAGUCUUUAGUGAUCGAGUUGGACAAAGACUUAUAUGGACCUGACAAUCAUUUGGUGGAGUGGCACCGAACAGCCACGACUCAGGAGACUGAUGGAUUUCAGGUGAAGAGGCCUGGAGAUGUUGGCGUCCGCUGUACUGUACUCCUCAUGCUGGACUACCAGCCUCCUCAGUUUAAGUUGGACUCCAGACUUGCCCGGUUGCUGGGGAUCCACACUCAAACGCGGCCCGUGAUCAUCCAGGCUCUGUGGCAGUACGUCAAGACCCACAAACUCCAGGACCCUCAUGAACGAGAGUUCAUUAACUGUGAUAAAUACCUCCAGCAGAUUUUUGAAACCCAGAGGAUGAAGUUUUCUGAGAUUCCUCAACGGCUGCAUGCACUACUGAUGCCCCCCGAGCCAAUCAUCAUCAACCAUGUCAUAAGCGUGGACCCCAAUGACCAGAAGAAGACUGCAUGCUAUGAUAUAGACGUGGAGGUAGAUGACACCCUGAAGACUCAGAUGAACUCUUUCCUGCUUUCCACAGCCAGUCAGCAAGAGAUUGCAGGCCUCGACAACAAGAUUCAUGAGACCAUCGAAACCAUUAACCACCUGAAGACUCAAAGGGAGUUCAUGUUGAGCUUCGCACGAGACCCGCAGGGCUUCAUCAACGACUGGCUCCAGUCUCAGUGCCGAGACUUGAAGACCAUGACCGAUGUGGUUGGAAACCCGGAGGAGGAGAGGAGAGCCGAGUUCUACUACCAGCCCUGGGCUCAGGAGGCCGUGUGCCGAUAUUUCUAUUCAAAGGUUCAGCAAAGGAGACAGGAGCUGGAACAGGCUCUUGGCAUUCGAAACACAUAAGCAAACUCCCGGCCGUUACGACACAGAACCAGUUGGUGCUCUGGGCAGCAAAUGUCCUACUGCUUUGUGCUCCAGACGCUGAUCACUACAGUCAUAUUACAGUUAAUCUUGUGCUGUCCUGCUGUAGCUGCCCAGAAAAACAACCCAUUGUCUGCUGUCAUCCUUAUUUUGACACAUUUCAUGGUUCCCGUGUGACUG